GAAACACAGGAUGGCUACUCAACAGCUACUCAAGCAAAAGAAAAAGCCCUGUAAGGAAGCAGUGCUGUUCCCUGAGAGCAUCACCACAGAGAAGCAGUCCCUGGUGCUGGUGAAAAGGCUCCUGGCCAUCUCUGUGUCCUGCAUAACCUACAUGAGAGGGCUGUUCCCAGAGGGCUCCUACUGCACUCGCUAUCUGGAUGACCUCUGUCUAAAAAUUCUCCGAGAAGAUAAAAGCUGUCUGGGAUCACUGCAGAUAGUCAAGUGGAUUCAAGGUUGUUUUGAUGCUUUGGAGAAGCAGUAUCUACACGUGGCUGUCCUUGCAAUUUACACCAAUCCUGAGGUAAGAACAGUCACUGAAAUGUAUCAAUUCAAAUUCAAGUACAAAAAGAAGGUGCCCCAGAUGGACAUCUGCAGCAACCACAGGGAGUUUGUGGCUGGGCUGUGCGGCAAGGAUGUCAAGCAGGCCAGCAGGUUCCUGCUCCGGAGCCUGUACGUGCUCAUGCAGGACCUCGGGCCUCUGCCCAAUGACAUCACCCUGAGCAUGAAACUCCUCUACUACAACGAUGUCACACCCAAGGAUUACCAGCCCCCUGGCUUCAUGGAAGAUGGCAACCUUGGUGACUUCUUGUUUGCUGGGGAUCCUGUCCACCUGAGACUGGGCUCAGUCUCCACUGACUUCCACCUCAUGAAAGUCAAAGUGAUAGCUGAGAAGAAGAGGGUGAGGAAGGCUGACAGCAACCUGAUCCAGAAGAAUGGCCCUACUGAGAUCUCCCACCAAGGGCUGGACUGCGAGGAGGAGGAGGAAGAGAGCACAAAGAAUCACCCUUGCCCUGUCAGAGCAGAUUCCAAUGAGCAUGAAGGGGACAAAAGUGACACCCAUCCAGGCAGGAAAACAGAAGCAUCUUCUUUUUGCCUUAAAGAUACAGGUAGGAAGAAUAAGAGGGAAAUAAAGAAGACAGACAGGAUGCCUUGCUCAAGGGCAUGUCAGCAGAUAAACCUCCUGAACCUUGCCUUCAGCCAGGAAGAGGUAAUAGGACCUGAGAAGAAAAGGAAGGUCAGUGAACCAAAGAAGCUUCCUCUGAAUGGCAGAAAAUUCUGUUCUUUCUGA